AAGGCGGGGCCCUCAAUGACAAAUAGAAGGAGCGAAUGGAGAAGGGAGGCUGCAACGGAGCAGCAGGAGGCCGGCUCUGGGCAGCUGAAGCCCGCCUCCCGUGGGCUCUGGAUCCGGAGAGCGUUCUGGGCCAUGGCGUGGGGUCCGCUCUCCCUCCGCGCCCCCUUCUCCUCCUCCUCGCGCCUGGCGUGGCUGUGCGGGGCCGGGCUGGCGCUGGGGGCCGUGGGGGCCUGGGCGGCGUGGCGCUGGCGGGGCGGGCGAAGGCGGCGGCGCGAGCUGGAGCGCGUGGGCACCGUCACGGGGGUGACCCUCUACCCGGUCAAGUCCUGCCGCGGAGUCAACCUGCAGCGCGCCCAGGUCACCCCGCUAGGCCUCCAGAGUGGGGACUUGCGUGACAGGUUUUGGCUGGUGAUUAAGGAAGAUGGACACAUGAUCACAGCUCGACAGGAACCUCGACUGGUUUUGGUUACUGUUAAUUCCGAAAAUGGCCAGUUAAUCCUGAAUGCCCCAGAUAUGAAGGAACUGGCCAUCCCUGUCAAGACUCCUAAGGAAAAUCCAGUAAAGAAUUGCAGGGUUUUUGGGCUUGAUAUUGAAGGGCGGGACUGCGGUGAUGAGGUGGCUCAUUGGCUCACCACGUUCCUGAAAUCAGAAACAUAUCGACUCGUUCAUUUUGAAACCCAAAUGGCUCCGAGAAAAUGUGAAAAGAUUAAAACACCUUUUCGGCCUACUGAUGAGGUUCCCUACAGUGAUGCUGCUCCAGUUUUACUGAUCUCAGAGGCAUCGAUGGAAGAUCUAAAUACCAGAUUGGAGAAGAAACGGGAUUUGCGGUAUUUUAGACCAAGCAUUACUGUUUCAGGCUGUGGUGCUUAUGAAGAGGACACCUGGGACAAGAUUAUAAUUGGUGAUGUGGAAAUGAAGCUGAUCAUGCAGUGCGGCAGGUGUAUUUUGACAACGGUUGACCCAGAUAAUGGCAUCAUAGACAGAAAGGAGCCGCUAGAAACACUAAAAAGAUAUCGUAUGUGUGAUCCAGCUGAUAAACACAUUCACAAAACAGCACCAUUGUUCGGCAACUAUUUUGGUGUAGACAAAGUGGGCACUGUUCAUGUUGGAGACCCUGUGUUUAAGAUAAUUGAAUGCUAGAGAGAGAGAGAGAGCAGGGAAGAAGGAAACUCAAGGUUCAGAAGGUUCAAUUGUUUUGAAACAUUUAUCUGUUCAGUAGCUACAAUAUCAAAUAAUCAUAGCAUACAAUCCAGCUGAAUCUCUCCAUUUUAAAGUACCAUUGAUUUCAGAGGGAGAAAUGCAUUAAUGUUUAAAUAGGGCUCCCCUGGGGUGGCUUCCAUGAUCCUAACCAAGAUUGUGUUGUUCCCUUAGGGAGAGAGGAAAAGGAAGAUGGAGUUCAGACUGUUUGGGGAUUUUUUUCAUCUAAGGGACCCAAAGGGGACCCUUCAGUCUACAAUCAUAUUCCAACAAAAGCUUGUUCCUUCCCAUUGCAUGAAAUGUGAAGGAAAUAGUAUAAAAUCCUGCCCACAUUUUCCUCCUCUCUUCCCAUUUCUCCCACUGCCCCCAUUCACACAAUCCUGGAGCCAAAUUUGGCCCUACUGAGGCUCCUGUCUGCCUUUCUGAGCAUUUCCUGGUGUCCAUGUCCCCUUCUCCAUGACAUCCUCAUUUGGUAGUGUCUUGGCUUUGUCGUCUAAAGGAAUGAACUGCUUGCAAUCAUGGCUUUACACUCAAAUAAGAAGAUUUUUGUCUCCCUUGGCCCACUACAAUUUGGCCUCUGAAAUUACAUUGGGUCUUUGGGCUGAGAGUUUUCCUGAACACUUAGCUUAGGCAAAGAUGGGAACAUUGUGGACCUUGGACCACACAUACACCUUGAGAAUUCCUUAAUGUGCCCCCAAGAGCCCCCCCAAGUCCCUAGACCUGUUAAAAACACCCCAAAGUUGGCCAAAUGAGCCCAAAGUAGCUGCAAAUGUGGCGGUUACACUGAGUCCCCUCCCAAAGUCUGGAAAUAUUGCCCCAAAAUCCACCAAAAUGACUACCAGAAGUGAUGUUAUGUCACUUCUAGUGUAGAUAAGCACACUCUGGUUUGGGAUAUAUUCGUUGCUCCAGCCUCAGGGUACUAUGAAUUGACAGGUUAGCUUGCUUCGUCAUAUUACUUAGUUGGGCAAGAUUGCGCAUACAUUGUCUCCUAAUUCAGAUUGUUUAGACAGAAGUAUUUGUAUUCUAUCUAAUGUUAACCAGAUAGGUUUUUUCAGUUCUAAAAUCCAAAACUGAUUUCUCAAGAAAUGACUAAAGUAUGGUAUAUGAUAAACAUUACAAAGAGAGUUUCUAUGGCACCUUAAAAGACGAGCACGUCAAUUCUAGCAGAAGUUUUGUGAACCAGUGACCAUUUUUUCAGAAACAUGAUGUUAGCUUCAGUUCACAAAUACAUUUCGUAUUGUUUCAUUUUUUAUCUUUUUUUAUGGUGAUAAGCCAUGGAUCAUCUGUACACAUUUAAAAUGAAUGAAUGAAUGAAUGAAUGAAUAAAUAAAUAAAUAACUACACAAA